UCUCUCUCUCCCGAUAACUCCCUGUCCUUCGCUUGCUAAGGAUCGGGCUCAUCCUAGUCCGAGGUCUGCGUUGCCGUCAGGCCGGCGCUCGACAAGUUGCGAGAACGCUCACCUUCCCGGCUGAUCGUGCCAAUGACAUUAUGGGCUCCGAGCUCGUCUUUGCCUUCCUUCUGGUGCUGAGUGCGGGACUGCCCCGUGGAGGAGAGGCAGUAAUCGAAGGAGGUCCAAGCAGUUUUGGAUAUGAUGCCUCCUCGGCUUGUGGUAAGCCAUACUCGCGGUUAGGUCGGAUGCGUUACCACAGUUUGCCCUGUGAUUUUCGACGGGAGAACUGGUGCACCAUUGCCGGCAACGCAUAUCCAUGGCAAGCAGUUCGAAAAUUCGUGCAGGAAAAUCAAGGCUUGAUGAAACGCAUGUACGGGGAUGAAAAACAUAUUAGCAUCUUAAAGUCCGAACUGGAGAAAAAUGAGGUUGAAUUAGAAUUGGAGGAUAGCCAUAAUCAUCUUUAUUCGGACGAUGACAGGUAUAGAAUCGUUACAAAAGUCGUUGUAUCAGUAUCUAAUUACAGAACCUACUUUAAUUUUAUUCAAUUCCUUUAUAUUUUCAUGGCUUUUUAUAGCUCACUCUUCGAGCAAUUUCAUUUCGAGGACGACUAUGAAUUUGAUGGGACGAAGCCAGAUGAGAUGGAAGGUAGAUCGACGAAUCGCGAAUACCUGGCCCGAUCCAUGAACAGUGGCACGUCCAGUAAACUCGACAAGCCAAUAUCCAAUGAGAGCCCGAUAGGAUAUCGAUUGCACCCGAACGAGACCCCGACUGCCGGCGCAAUGACGCAAUCGAUUUUUUCAAAGUCUUCCGAUAACACUCCUUCCUCGAGUACGGCGAGCUCGAGCGUUGGUAAGACCUCGUUCUCGCAUAGAAUGAAAAUCAGUCCUGUGGAAUUGUCAACGGAUCAGCCGCAAUCGACGACAGUCAAGGGACGCGAGGAGGAUGCAAGCUCGUCCACCAAAAUAGCAGCUGUUAGUCUUGCUCAAAUAGCGAAGAUUCAGAAUUUCAGUAUCAAUGAAAUUCCCGGACAGAUUGAUCGAAUGGAUGUCGCUGUGGAGGAGCUUACGGAGUUACCAGACCUGUUGUCAGAGACGGUCUUAGAUACCCAGGUCGAUGGUAUGGACUUAGAAAUUUCGACGGCGCACGGUACGUCCAGCUCAACAACCGAGAGAAAACCAACAAACGAUGGCAAAAAUACUUUCGACGAUGACGAUCCAAAGUCGCAGAAUAAUGAGAAGAUUAACGAGUCAUCACAGCAUCAACGACACGAGUACCAGCAAUUUAGACCGAGACCACAAUACAGACCCCCGGAUUUGGUAAAGCCCGAGACCACAAAUGCCACGAAAGGGCAACUAUUUCAAGAUGUCGCUGCUAAGGAUAAGCGCGAUCCACCUGUUUUACAAGUUCGCGGAAUAAAUGCUUGCUCCGUUAAAGAAGAAGUUGUUGCACCAUUUUGGGCAAAUAAUACAAGAGGAGAAGUUCUUGCAUUAUUAAAUCUUUAUCCAUUUGAACAGUACGUUCAUUGGGAAAAAUGCACACACGAAAAUAAGCAAAUGUAUUGUCGCGAUGGCUGUCGUUGCGAGCAGCAAUAUAGAUUACAUCGGCUGCUCGCUUACGAUCCAAACAACGAAUGCCGUGGUAUCUUUAGCGAUUGGUUCAAGUUCCCGAGCUGCUGCAUCUGCCGUUGCUACGACCUGCCGGUGGAGUUCCGGGUGACGUCUCGGUCACCUCGUGUCCUAAAUCGACAGAAGAUCAAAGUGCGCGCACCGGGCUUACGACACCGUCAGCGACCGAUUUCGUCAUCGGCUCACGUCUGAGACUUUGGCCAAUCGAGAGAAAUUUCACGGAUAGAAAAACGAUGCUUAUAGAUGAAACUUAUCUCCGUUUCUUUCUAGCUCAGUGUAAUAAUAAUGGAAAGGCAUUGAUUGCUUUGGUUUUGAAUAUACGAGGCAAUGAGGCAGUGAGGUGUUGUAACGGCUAUUCGAGAUUUAAUAUAAUUUUGUAGCCUUAGCUGUAAGCGAAAUGUUAAUUCGGUAGCUUAUUCGAUAGCAUUUUUAGUUAUCUCUGAAUUUUCUUAGACCCAUAGUACAAAUUACAUUGGAGCAAGUACAUGCAAAUAAUUUAUUUGAG